AUCGCCUGUUCGCCACGCCCAAUGUCCGCCCCAGCAUCUCGCGCCCUCCGGCGCUGCGUCUGCAAUGCGAAAUCGACCGCCCCAUACCUCCGACCCACAGCCUCCUUCGCACAGCACAGGACAUCACGGAGAUGGGCAUCCACCGAAGCUGCGGCGCCUACGAACCCGAAGAUUGGGGCAAUCGUGGAUCAGAUUAGCCAAUUGACAUUGCUGGAGACGGCGGAUCUGGUUUCGACACUGAAGACCCGCCUGAACAUCCCCGAUAUGCCCAUGGGCGGCUUCGUCGCCGCCGGCGCCGCAGGGCCCGCAGCCGCAGCUGCCCCCGCCGAAGAAGAAGAAGCCGCGCCCGCUGCGCAAGAAAAGACGCUCUUCAACCUCAAACUCGAGAAGUUCGACGCGGGCGCGAAACCCAAGAUCAUCAAGGAGAUCAAGGCGAUGCUGGGGCUCUCGCUGGUGGACAGCAAGAAGUUUGUCGAGAGCUGCCCCAAGAUGAUGAAGGAGGGCGUGCCGAAGGAGGAGGCGGAGAAGAUUGUCGAGACGCUGAAGGCGCUGGGGGCGACGGCUGUUAUGGAGUAGAGGGGGAGAUAGAGGACGGAAGGGGAGGGCAGGGGAGAUGUAACUAUAGCAUGGACAUGGGACGUGUACGCUGUGUGGAUAUGGGUUGAAGUUCUUGGAGUGUAUCAAUACAUAAAGGUAG